UAUAUAUGUAUGUGUGUGUGUGUGUGAACUUUUCCAUUCCUAUCAUUUAGAUCGGGGUAAGUGAAAAUAUUAGGUGAGAUAAGAUGCAGAGAGAGAAAGAGAAGCAUUUAGUGUUGAUUCACGGAGGCGGCCAUGGUGCAUGGUGUUGGUAUAAGGUCGCUGAAUUGCUGAAAUCGAGUGGACACCGUGUGACAGCUCUGGACAUGGCUGCCUCCGGGAUCCAUCCGAAGCAGGCGGAGGAGCUGAAUUCAAUAUCAGAAUACUAUGAGCCUUUGAUGGAAUUUCUGGAGAGUUUGGAUGCUGAAGAGCGUGUGAUCCUCGUCGGUCAUAGCUUGGGUGGGAUCGGCAUGUCCUUAGCCAUGGAAAGCUUCCCCGAAAAGAUCGCAGCUGCGGUAUUUGUCAGUACCUUGAUGCCUUCUCCCGAUCUAAGCUUGUACACUCUUUCUCAGGAGUCCCGGGCUCGUCGAAGAUCGGAAUCUAAGUAUGACAACAACAGCAGUCAACCGGAAAAAUCAAUUAAAUUCUCGCCUGAAUUCUUAGCAUCCAAUUUAUACCAACUCUCUCCACCGGAGGUAUGCACUUUGAAAUAA